GCGCCGCGCUGCCGGGUCGGUGCCGGGUCGGUGCGGGCCGGGCCGGGCCGGGCAUGGCGCUGCUGCUGGAGCACGAGUUCCGGCCGCUGCCGGCAGACAAGCAGAUCGAGACGCUGCCCUUCCUGGAGGCCGUGGCGCACCUGCCGCCCUUUUUCGACUGCCUGGGGACGCCCAUCGUGUACUCACCCGUCAAAGCCGACCUGGCCGGGAACAUCAAGAAAAUCCGGGCUGUUUACGACUCCAACCCCACCAAGUUCAAAACGCUGCAGAACAUCCUGGAGGUGGAGAAGGAGAUGCACGGUGCUGCCUGGCCCAAGACGGGCGCAACGCUGGCGCUGAUGUGGCUGAAGAGGGGCCUGAAGUUCAUGCUGGUGCUGCUGCAGAGCAUCUCCGAUGGCGAGCGGGACGAUGAGCACCCCAACCUCAUCCGUGUCAAUGCUAUGAAAGCCUAUGAGAUUGCCCUCAAGAAAUACCACGGCUGGAUGCUGCAGAAGCUUUUCAUGGGCUCAGUCUACGCGCUGCCCUACAAGUCAGACCUGCUCAAGGCUUUGGAGAAAGGCAAGGAGGUGAAGGAGGAGGAGAGCAUUGAGAAGAUCCACCAAUUCCUCACGAGAGUGACGCCCAUCCUGGAUGCCAUCUAUGAGAUGUACACCCGGAUGAACGCCGAGCUGAGCUACAAAGCUUGAUGGGGUCAGCACAGCAGUGGGGCCGCACCGCUCAGCAAAUCCCAUUCUGCUCUGGAUCUGCAGCCGAUAGCCCGUUUUCUAAAAAGAAUCAUUAAUUUUCUAUCGAGAAUAUAGCAAUAAACCAAUUGUACCCCGGGGGCACCUCGGGAUUUCCCAAG